AUGGAUCCAAAAAAUCACACAACAAUUUCAGAAUUUCUACUGUUGGGCCUCUCAGAGGAUCCUGAACUGCAGCCACUUCUCUUUGGACUCUUCUUGUCCAUGUAUCUGGUCACUGUGCUGGGGAACCUGUUCAUCAUUCUGGCUGUCAGCUCUGACCCCUGUCUCCACACCCCCAUGUACUUCUUCCUCUCCAACCUGUCCUUCGUUGACAUCUGUUUCGUGACCACCACAGUUCCAAAGAUGCUGGUAAAUAUCCACACACAGAGCAAAGACAUCUCCUACACAGGAUGCUUUACUCAGGUGUAUUUCUUCACGACUUUUGCAGGACUGGACAAUUUUCUUCUGACUGUAAUGGCUUACGAUCGGUUUGUGGCCAUCUGUCACCCUUUACACUACACAGUUAUUAUGAACCCCAGACUAUGUGGUUUGUUGGUUUUUGUGUCUUGGGUGGUCAUUUUUUGGGUCUCUGUGCUUCAUAUUGUACUCAUGACACAGCUGACCUUUUGUAUAGGCACUGAAAUUCCUCAUUUCUUCUGUGAACUGGAUCAAAUUCUAAAGAUUGCCUGUUCUGAUACCCUCAUGAAUAACAUCUUUUUGUAUGUGGCCACAGCCUUAUUGGGUGUGUUUCCCCUCACUGGGAUCCUCUUUUCUUACUCUCAGAUUGUUUCCUCCUUAAUGAGAAUGUCCUCUAUUGAAGGCAAGUACAAGGCAUUUUCCACAUGUGGGUCCCACCUCUCAGUAGUUUCCCUGUUCUAUGGGACAGGCCUUGGAGUCUACCUCAGUUCAGCUGUGACCCAUUCUUCCCAGAGGAGCUCUGUUGCCUCGGUGAUGUACACUGUGGUCACACCCAUGCUGAAUCCUUUCAUCUACAGUUUAAGGAACAAGGAUGUGAAGGGGGCCCUGGGAAGACUUCUCAGUAGAAUAAUCUCUUGUCUAUGA